AUGGCAUCUCGGACAGAACAACUCUCUCAACCCAAACCUAACCUACUCAGACAUGUAGACCGUCGGUCGGUAUACUGGCGGGAUGAGCUGCCACCAAAACGAACUGGCUGCAGUACUUCAUUUGAGUUAACGCCUCGUUGGUCACAACUAUCUAGAAGUAAAACAACACAGCCGGGCUUUGACCACAUCAGGGACUCUCCCAUCUGGGUGGUGAGCAAGGGGGCGCUCCAUGCACAUGCCUCUCAUCGAUUGUGUGCUCUGGCUCUGCCUCGCUGCCCUGCAGCUGGCUGGCAGCCUGACCGCCCCAUACUGGCCUCUGUGAGUAGCACCAAAGCACUUUUAAAGACAAAGCAAGCCCCAAAGCAUGAACACCCCAUGUACAGCAGGGAGCGACCGAUGAGCUGGCACAUCCCCAGGGCAGCACGCAACGCAGUGGCCAGCAAGAGAGUGGUGGAACUGUCCUGUCCCAAAGAGAGGAAGGCUCUGUUUGAGGGCUACAACCCUUACAUUGUCAGCCAGGCAGCUCGCUCAGCCCAGCCCUCGCCACGGCUUCAGGAGCUGUGUCUGCCUCUGCCCCGCAAGUGCAAGCUCAAGUAG